AUGCUAGAGAUAUUGAAAAUAUGUAAUAAUUAUUAUCAAAUGACGUAUAUUAAUGCCUGUAAACCAGUGCCGCCGCCCGCCACCGCGGCCGCGCUCCAAUCUGUCACAUUCUUUUACGCAACCAGCAUCAUUGAAUCACUCACUGCGCACUUAAUUUGCAUCUGGAGCCGCCUCCAUUAUGCGCACGCUUUUCGCGAUAUUAUUUGUGGCGAUGCUUGCGCCAUCUACCAGCCGUCCAUAUGA